AUGUUUUUCGUGUUGCUGCGCCGCUGGCCAUCAGCAGCGGAUGUCGCCACCAACUUCCACUACUUGAAAGCAAUCCUGGAACACAGUCCAGACAAGGUGCCUUCCGGAUACUUCCUGACUGAUGUCAUCAUGGCAUUGGACGGCUUGUUUCAUGGCAAGUUGUUGAUCGAUCCGGAGAAGAAAGUUGACAAGCUUCACCUGGCUGCUGAAGAAGGGGCUGCCGCAGCGCAAUCUCCAGAUGCAGGUGCUGAAGACGCAGAUGACGAGGAGGCUGCGGAGGAAGAGCCUGAUCCCAUGGAGGAUGAGCAGGGCGCAGGUUCUGAGGUUGAUGAGGACCUGGAUGAUGCAGAAGGUCCAGAGCCUUCUCAGGAGGCUGCUGCUGUGGAAGAUGGGCCUGUUGAAGAUGACGAAUCUGACCAUUUGUCAUCAGACACCCUUCGGCUUGGAGGGCCAUACCCUGACAAGGGCAAAGUCAUUGUGAAGCAGAAGGCGGAGCCUGCAGAGAGUGACAGCGAUGACUCCAUGCAUCGCUGCAGUCAGUUGCGGGGCCGCUGGAUGGGCAAGGCUUACGAGGUCUUCCACAAGCUCGAGAAGGCUCAGCAGACAGUUGUGCCCAUUGAGGAUUUGUACUUGAUGCUCACCAAAGGCGAUGUUCUGGACCAGUGGGCAGGGACCUUCAGUAUGCGAGACUUGGAGAGGGAGGUCCCUCGACUUGAAUCUUUCGACAACGUCAAGGAGGAGCUGGUGGACGAUGCCACAGUUCCAAACAUGCAAUGCAAAGCUCCCAAGAAGCGGAGCAAGAAGACCGACAAGUCCAACAAGGCUUCGAUGGGCAACAAGUCCACCAAGGAGGCCAUUGAGGUCCUUUGUUCCAAAAGGGCAUACGUGGUGAAGAAGGCAGGGUCAGAUCCAGAGCAGCCUGACAAGGUAAUUUGCUUGCUGGCGAAGAUGGUGUUUGCGUGUCAAGGAUUGGAUUUUGCACCUAUCCAACACUUUGAAACAUUUGCUGGCGCAAUGUCAGUAACCAAGGCAGAGAUGCAGGCUGGCAGAGCUGCCGUGCCCUUUGAGAUCACACUUGAUCCAGAGUCCCAAGACAUAUUGUCGCCGCAGGGCUUUGCGAACGCUGUCUAUCAGACCCUCCGGCUAGAGCCAGGGACUGGAGUCAAGGGGCUCUACACUUCGAAGCUCUACCCGACCGCUCGGUUCGGCAAGGCUUUGUCCCGUGUGCGAACUAGGCGGCCAAAAGAUCCAAAAGAGCUCAAGUCAGCAAAGAGGGAUUUGACCAAGGAAUUGGAAAAGGCGGCUACAGAAGGAGGUGGGAAGAAAAGCUUGUCAUCCAUCAGGUCAAAGCUGGAGGAGCUCAAAGCUAUGGAAGAGGCUGCAAGUGAGGGGACUGACUCAGACAGUGAUGUGUCACUUACUGAGCAGCUCAAUGGCAUCUUGGGCAAGUCUGGGCCCGAAGCGCCUGAUGAUGAUGAUGACAGCGACAAAGACUCUGCGAGUCAAGAUGAGGAUGAGGACGACGAAGACCAAGAAGAAGACUCAGAUGAACAGCCUGAAGAGGAUGAUGAGGGUGACGAAGAAUCCAGUGGAGGGAGUGAAGAGGAAGAAGAAGGAGAAGAGGAAGAGGAAGAGGAAGUGAAGGAGAACAAGCUGAACAAGCGCUCAGAAGUUGUCCGAUCUUCUUCCUCCAAGGGCACAAAUGAGAAGAAGGACCAGAAGAAGAAGAAGCCGGCAAAGACCAAUGAAGAGGGCAAGGGAAAGAAGAACAAGGAUGUGAAGGAUGAGACUCCAGAGACGUCUUUGGCUCUCGCAGCUGCCGACUCCAUCCUUUCGGGCUUGAAGAGAGCUGCAAACAAGAAGAACAAAACCAAAGGCGGUGGGGCGUCAGCCAAAGCCAAGGGCAGAGCAAAGAAGGAGUGA